AGGGAGUGACUCUGUUGUUCAGUCUCUGGCAGCAGCUGAAAUGGCGCAGCAGGCAAAUCAACUGGACAGACAAAGAUUCUCCUGUCCAAUCUGUCUGGAACUACUGAAGGAUCCGGUGACUACUGGCUGUGGACACAGCUACUGUAAGAGCUGUAUUAACAGCCACUGGGACGAAGAGGAGGAGAGAGGAAGCUACAGCUGUCCUCAGUGUAGACAGACCUUCAAACCGAGGCCUGUGCUGGUGAAAAGCACUAUGUUAGCUGAUUUAGUGGAGGAGCUGAAGAAGACUGGACUCCAAGCUGCUGAACAUAAAGACCACGACACAGUGUCAGCUGUAGCAGAAAGGACUAAGAGGCAGACAGAGCUCGGGCUGAGGAGACAAACAAUCCAGCACAGAGUCAAGGACACAGAGAACGACGUGAAGCUGCUUCAACAGGAGGAGGAGGCCCUCAAUUGCUCUGCUGAUAAAGCAGUGAAGGACAGUGAGAAGAUCUUCACUGAGCUGAUCCAUCUUCUGGAGAAAAGAAGCUCUGAUGUGAAGCAGCAGAUCAGAUCCCAGCAGGACACUGAAGUGAGUCGAGUCAGAGAGCUUCAGGAGAAACUGGAGCAGGAGAUCACUGAGCUGAAGAGGAAAGACCAUGAACUGCAGCAGCUCUCAGACACAGAGGACCACAACCAGUUUCUACACGACUACCCUUCACUGCCACCACUCAGUGAAUCUACACACUCAUCCAGCAUCAGGAUCCGUCCUCUGAGGAACUUUGAGGAUGUGACAGCAGCUGUGUCACAGGUCAGAGGUCGACUACAGGACAUUCUGAAUGAGACAGGGACAGAGGUUUUACAGAUUGUGUCUCAAGUGGAUGUCUUACUGCAACAACCAGAGCCAGAGACCAGAGCUGACUUCUUAAAAUAUUCACAGGAAAUCAGAUUGGAUCCAAACACAGCACACAGACGUCUGUUAUUAUCUGAGGGAAACAGAAAAGUAUCACAUAUGAGAGAAGAUCAGUCUUCUUCUGAUCACCCAGACAGAUUCACUGGUUGGUAUCAGGUCCUGAGUAGAGAGAGUUUGACUCGACGUUGUUACUGGGAGAUGGAGCUGGAGGUGGGGGUAAGGGUGAAAGGAGGAGUUGGUGUAGCAGUCACAUACAAGAAUAUCAGCAGAGCAGUGAAAUCACGUGAGUGUGAAUUUGGAUCAAAUGAUAUAUCUUGGUCAUUAUAUUGUUAUGAAAACAGAUAUGAAUUUUAUUACAACAGCAUCAUGACUCCAGUGUCAGGUACUGUGUCCUCCAGAGUAGGAGUGUACCUGGAUCACAGUGCAGGUGUUCUGUCCUUCUACAGCGUCUCUGACACCAUGACUCUCCUCCACAGAGUCCAGACCACAUUCACUCAGCCUCUCUAUGCUGGAGUUAGGGUUUAUAAUGGAUCCACAGCCAAGUUGUGUCAACUCAGGUGUCAAUGUAUAAACUGAACAGACAUUGCUGAUGAAAUGAUCAAUGACCUCAGAGCGUCCACAUGUCCAACAGGUCAACUUCACUCUGGUUGGAAGCACAGAGCAUCAGUGUUAUGGGAUCUUUGGUCACAUUGUAAUUGUGGAACCUGAUUUGUUUUCAUCUAGGCUCAUCUCUGUAAAGUGUGAAUCCAUUCGUCCUCAUUGUAUUUACAUAUUUAGUAAAGGGGCAUAUUUAUCUGCUGCUACGUAGGUUUCUGUUCUUUUUGAUUUUCAUGAUCUGAACUAGCAGUUCCAUUUGAGAUUGUCCUGAUCGAGUCCCUCUGAGGGUUUGUUCUGCAGCUCUCAUCACAUGUGUAUCUUAUACAUGUGUAUAUACAUUUAAAUCUCUUAUAUAUGUAUACAACAUAACAACAAUGUAACGUGUGAUGGAGCUGAAAGAUGAAAUAAAGAAUAAAUCCAG